AUGGAGACGCCGCCGGGCGCCUCCAACGGCUCCUCCAGCGGCCUCGGCCUGCCCCGCGUGCUGGCCAACAGCUCGGCCGCGCUCUCGGAGCAGCAGCAGCGCGCCGUCGGGCUCUUCCUGUCCUGCCUCUACACCAUCUUCCUCUUCCCCAUCGGCUUCGCGGGCAACCUCCUGAUCCUGGUGGUGAACAUCCGCUUCCGGGAGAAGAUGACCAUCCCCGACCUGUACUUCACCAACCUGGCGGCCGCGGACCUCGUCCUGGUGGCAGACUCGCUGAUCGAGGUGUUCAACCUGGACGAGCAGUACUACGACAUCACCGCGCUCUGCACCUUCAUGUCGCUCUUCCUGCAGGUCAACAUGUACAGCAGCGUCUUCUUCCUCACCUGGAUGAGCUUCGACCGCUACCUGGCUCUGGCCAAGGCCACGCGCUGCGGCCCGUUCCGCACCAAGCCCCGCGCACGGCUGAGCUGCGGCCUCAUCUGGAUGGCCUCCGUGUCUGCCACCCUGGUGCCCUUCACCGCCGUGCACCUGCAGCACAGCGAGGACGUCUGCUUCUGCUUCGCGGACGUCAGGGAGGUGCAGUGGCUGGAGGUCACGCUGGGCUUCGUGGUCCCCUUCGCCAUCAUUGGCCUCUGCUACUCGCUCAUCGUCAGGGUCCUGGUGACGGCGCACCGGCACCAUGGGCUUCGCCCGCGGAGGCAGAAGGCUCUGCGCAUGAUCCUGGCCGUGGUCCUGGUGUUCUUUGUGUGCUGGCUGCCCGAGAACGUCUUCAUCAGCGUGCACCUGCUGCAGCGUGCGCCGCCCGGGGCCGGACCCUGCCAGAGGUCCCCCCGCCACGCGCACCCGCUGGCCGGCCACGUGGUCAACCUGGCCGCCUUCUCCAACAGCUGCCUCAACCCCCUGGUCUACAGCUUCCUCGGGGAGACCUUCCGAGACAAGCUGCGGCUCUACCUGGAGCAGAAGACCAGCCUGUCCGCCCUGAACCGCUUCUGCCACGCGGCCCUCAAGGCGGCAGUCCCGGACAGCACCGAGCAGGCCGAGGUGAAGUCCAGCAGUGCCGUGUAG